AAAGAAACAUCAUUAAAAAUCCUACAGACAUUUUGGAAAUAAAAAGUAGAUUUUGUGAACAAUUUUUUUGCCAACACGGUGUAUCUUUGUACACUAUGAUCAUUUUUUUCUGUGACUCUAAAUCUGUUCUUUAAAAUAGUCUAUUUUUUUUAAAAAAAGGAAGCCUUACUUUCAAAUAAUAAAACCCAUGACAAAGCUAUAUUAACUAAGGCAAUGUGGUAAUGCAGGAUAAACAAACAGAAAAAAAUUGAAUACUUGAGCAGAUCUGAAAUCACCUAAUUUAUAAGAGGAAUGAGGCUUCUGAAAUAAUUUUGAAUGUAUUAACUUUUCAAUAAAUGAUAUAGAGGUAUGUAGAAAAUUUUUGGCUCUAACCAGAUUCAUUUGAAAAAAUAGUUUGAUUACAGCUUUAGAAGAAAAACAGUAAUUAAUAUUUCAAAAUAUAUAAGAAUAAGACCUUUGUGUAUGCAAAGAUUUAAACAGGACACAAAAAUGCUAACCAAAAGUGAAAAGUAUUUAUAAAUUAAAUUAAAUUAGUUUUUUUUUAUCAAAGACACCAUUGAUAGAAAUUAAAAUAUAAAACAUAGAUUGGGAGAAGAUACAUAAUAUACAAUAUAUUUGUAAUAUAUUAUAUAAAAGGUUCUACACCCAGAAUAUCAAAAACACUUCUACAGACCACAAAAGGAAAGAUGCUAAUGACCGAAUAAGAAAAAUGACAAAAGUCUUGAACAAGUACUUUACAAGAAUAUAUCCUAAUAUAAAUAAAUAUGUGAGAACGUAAAUUAUUUUGUUAAUCACCAGAGAAAUACAAAUCAGAAUUACAAAAUGAUAUCACCACACACUCAAUAGAGUGGUUAGAACUGAAAUGACAACAUUGAAUGUUGACAAGGAUGUGGAGCAACUGGAACUCUCAUACUUUAUUGGUACUGGAAAAACUACCUAUGAAAAUUGUUUCACAGUAUUUACUAAUACUAAAUAGAUGUGUGCCUAUGUGCACAGGAAUACAACUAAUAUAAAUAUAUUCAGAAUAGUUACAUUUACAUGAUCAUUAUAAGAUAAGAAUGUUCAUAACAAUACUACUGAAAAAAAGGCUCAAAACUGGAUGGAUGUUCAUGAACUGAAGAAUGCAUAAAAAUCAUGAUUAUAUUUAUGCACAAAACUAUUGUAAAGUAAUGAGAAUGAAAUAAAUCAGAAUGAUAUGCCACCUAUUAAUUUUAUAAACAUAUGUUGAAUGAAAGAAGACAGACAUGAGAGUUAUGCACUAUAACUCCAUAUGUAUGAGUACAAAAAGCAAAAAGGAAAAAAACUAUGACAGGAGAAUUCAGGAUAGAGCUUAUGAUAUGGGGAAAUUUACUAAUUAGACAGUGGCGGGAGAGAACUUGCUGAGUUUGGGCAGCACUCUAUUUUUAAUCUACAUUCUAUUUAUAGGAAUGGAUCCAAUUUUAAAUUCAGAGUGGUACACUUAUAUUUGUGUCUUUUCUGCAAGUAUAUUAUGCUUCAAAAUUAAAGUAAUUUUGUAAAACUUUAGAAUUUUUAUGUGUCCACUACAAAUUAUUUUUUACUAUAAUCUAAUUAUGAACCAAGAAAGUUUCUUCUUGUAAUCAAAAGUUACUAUUACAGAGAAUAUUAACAUCAUUCCAUCUAUGUUUGUUUGUUUGUUUAUUUUUGGUACCAGAGAUGGACCAGAGGGGCACAUAACCACUGAACGGUAUACCUAGUUUUAUUUUUUAUUUUGAGACAAGGUCUCCCUAAAUUCCCAAAGAUGACUUUAAAUAUACAAUGUUUCUCCUUCAGCCACCCUAGCCACAGGGAUUGGAGGCAUGUGUUAGUUUAAAAAAUAUUCUUGAACUGAGCAUUCACUCAGAAAAUGUUUAUUUAGAACUUCUAAUAACUUGAGGAUACAACAAAGGGAGAUUUGUGAUUAAAAGGAUAUUGAUACAAGGCAGUAUUAGAAUUUAGAAUAAAAUAGCAAAUAUCAUACGCAAUAGUAAAUAAGGACGCCUGGUGGCGCUGCAGGAUAAGAAAGUGAUUAUUGGGCACUUGGAUGCCUCAGACGCCAUUGAACCAGGAAUCAGAACUCUGAAAGCUCCCUAAAAUAAGGAGGCAUUGUAGGUGAGCUCCAGGAGACAGAUCUUCAGAGAAGGGAUCAUUCUAAGUGCAUGUCAGACAGAAAUAUUUAACUCAAGAUUAUUUAACAAAGUCGUCUGAGUGGAUUGUAUACCGAGUGGAAGGAACUGCACCUUCUGGACGGAUUUGAACAAUGCAGACUGCUCCAGCAAAAUCCCUGCAGAAAAGGCAAGUCAUUUUCUUUGCUAUGCUGUUGUUUUUGUGGGAGACUGACUCUGAAGCAAUUAGAUAUUCCAUGCCAGAAGAAACAGAAAGUGGCUACUCUGUGGCCAACCUGGCAAAAGAUCUGGGGCUCAGGGUGGGGGAGCUGGCCACUCGGGGUGCGAGAAUCCAUCACAAAGGCAGCAAUCAGCUCUUGCAGCUUGAUGAAAAAACCGGCAAUUUGCUUCUACAGGAAAAACUAGACCGGGAGGUGCUUUGUGGGGCGACAGAACCCUGUGUAUUGCAUUUCCAACUGUUACUAGAAAACCCGGUGCAGUUGUUUCAAAUUGAUGUGCUACUCACAGAUGUAAAUGAUCAUUCUCCGGAGUUCCUAGAAAGGGAAAUGAUCCUUAGAAUCCCAGAGAGCGCCCAGCCAGGGACUGUGUUUCCCUUGAAAUCAGCUCAGGACUUGGACAUGGGUAGCAAUAGCGUUCAGAACUACACAAUCAGCCCCAACUCCAAUUUUCGUGUUGUUACUCAUAGUCAUGGGGAUGGCAGAAAAUACCCAGAGCUGGUGUUGGACAAAGCCCUGGACCGGGAGGAAGAGUCUGAGCUCAGUUUAACCCUCACAGCACUGGAUGUGGCGCCCGAGCGCGCGCAGGGGGACUCGCUCACUGUCUACUUGGUCAUCGCCUUGGCGUCGGUGUCAUCGCUCUUCCUCUUCUCUGUGCUGGUGUUCAUGGCAGUGAAACUGUGCAGGAGGCGCAGGGCGGCGCCGCUGGGUGUCUGCUCUGUGCCUGAGGGCCACUUUCCUGGCCACCUGGUGGAUGUCAGUGGCACGGGGACACUGUCUCAGAGCUACCAGUAUGAGGUUUGUUUGACCAGCGACUCUGGGACUAGCGACUUCAAGUUCCUGAAGCCCAUAUUCCACAAUGUAUCUCCCAAGAGUGCAAGAGAAGCAACCCAUUAA